GACCUUUUGUUGAACAUUUAAGCCCACCACGUUUCACCGCCGCUUCCAGCCUCGGACAGGGCAGCUCACCCGAGUCAACAGAGAUUGAAAACAGGGUUGAUCUUCUCUGAAUUUUGUGGCGAAUGAUAUGUUUUGAUCAUUACGUCUAACCCCGAAGUACCUACCGCUUCAACAUGCCUCGCUCUGUCCCCUCCAACUUCACUUCCCUUUCGCAGGAAGGCGGUCAAGCUCCGAGCGAAGAUGAUCGUCAGAGAUCUCUCUCCCGAACGGCUCCCCCCUCCCCGGCUGCGGUCAGACGACAACAUAGCUAUCUCUCAGGAGCACAUACCGGUUAUCAGUCAUUACAACCACCGUUGGAGAUCGGCGAAACAACCAGCUUGCUAGGGAAAGAUCGAGAAAGCCGUCGAGGUGUACGACGGUCAUAUACCAAUAUUUCUACUGGUUCCGGACCCGAUACCAGCUUUCGACACAACUUGUUGGCUGGGAACUUCCGCCGAUCACGCCAUCACAGCCGUGCUCCCUCCCAAGCAUUGCGAGUCAGUCGGCGGGAAAGUAUAGAUGCGGAUCAAGCUGAGAAUCUUGCUGCAUCGGUCAAAGAUGGCCUGAACUCUUCGUUUAUGGAUGAUCGAACUUGGUAUGACCAAUUCACCUCCACCGACUGGGUACAUGAUAGUAUUGCGGACGGCGAGCGCCUUCGACAGUUGCGGGCGCGGAAAGACCUGCGGGGUCGACUUCUAGCAUGGUUUGAUGGUGCUCAGGGCUGGGUUCUCGCUGCGCUAAUCGGCUGUAUCACGGCCGCUAUUGCUUAUUUCGUGGACAUAACCGAACAUUUUGUGUUUGAUCUCAAAGAAGGGUUUUGUACUACGCAAUGGUUUCGUAGCCGCCAAGAAUGUUGCAGGGACAAUCCCAUGUGUUCUGCAUGGUGGUCAUGGUCCAAGAUGCUAACCUUCUCAAGCACGGACAAUCAAUGGACGGACUUUGGCAUGUACGUAGCUUGGGUGGUUAUCCUGUCCGUCAUUUCUUGCUCCCUCACGUUGCUCACGAAGACGGUUGUUCCUUCGUCGGUCUCUUUAACGACACUGGAUGAAAACCUGGGUGCAGCAUCGUCGCAAGGUACAAAACACACCGAUGCAACUGCUGACAGCCCAAACUCCGAUACCAGUCCGCGGACACCCUAUUCGGCGAUUCCCACGCGUCCUGAUAUGGUUUACUAUUCUGCGGCGGGUAGCGGGGUUGCUGAAGUGAAAGUCAUUAAUAGUGGUUUUGUUUUGCACGGGUAUCUGGGCUUCAAAACACUGGCAAUCAAGACCGUUGCUUUGAUUUUCAGUGUGUCAUCUGGCCUAAGCUUAGGCAAGGAGGGUCCGUAUGUCCAUAUCGCCACCUGCGUGGGAAACAUCUGCUGCCGCUUGUUCGCCAAAUACAACCGCAACGAUGGGAAAAGAAGAGAGGUGUUGAGCGCGAGCGCUGCGAGUGGUGUUGCAGUAGCUUUUGGGGCCCCCAUUGGUGGUGUUCUCUUUAGCCUCGAGGAAGUUAGCUAUUAUUUCCCUCCGAAGACGCUAUUUAGAACAUUCUUCUGCUGCAUUGCUGCAGCACUCUCUCUGAAAUUCCUCAAUCCUUAUGGAACGGGUAAGAUUGUUCUGUUUGAGGUUCGAUAUAUCAACGAUUGGGAGAUCUUUGAGCUAGUGAUAUUUAUUCUUUUGGGGGUGCUGGGAGGCGCUCUUGGAGCCCUUUUCAUCAAGGCAUCUAGUUUAUGGGCUCGCUCAUUCCGGCGAAUCCCGGUUAUCAAGCGUUGGCCACUGCUGGAGGUAGUUCUUGUCGCGCUGGUGACUGGCCUUGUCAGCUUCUGGAAUCGUUAUACUAAAUUGGCCGUAUCCGAACUUCUAUUCGAGCUGGCCAGUCCUUGCGAUCAUGAAUCCUCAUCGCCAACCGGGCUGUGUCCAAACGAGGAUGGCAUUGUCGAAAUUAUCCGCUACCUACUUGUUGCAUUCGUUAUCAAAAGCCUGUUAACGGUAGUUACAUUCGGCAUAAAAGUGCCGGCGGGUAUCUACGUCCCGUCCAUGGUUGUUGGUGGCCUCUUGGGACGGAUCGUUGGUCAUGUGGCACAAUAUUUCGUGGUGAAAUACCCAUCAUUCCCCUUGUUUGGGUCCUCCUGCCCAGCUGUGUCGGGGAUGGAAUCGUGUGUGACCCCAGGAGUGUAUGCGAUGAUCGCCGCAGGGGCUACCAUGUGUGGUGUCACCCGCUUGUCAGUUACAUUGGCCGUCAUCCUCUUUGAACUGACAGGUAGUCUUGCCCAUGUCCUUCCGUUUUCCUUGGCCAUCCUUUGUGCCAAAUGGACUGCUGAUGCGAUCGAGCCCCGCAGCAUCUAUGAUCUCCUGACUGAUAUGAAUUCGUACCCGUUCUUGGAUAACAAGAUACAGGUCGUGUCAGAUGCAGAGCUCGGGGACCUGGUGAGACCUGUACGCAAGAGUCGUAUCAUUGAUAUCUCAGACUCUCCCUUCGUACCAGCGACAGAGUUGCGCUCCAAGCUUCAAACUCUUCUCAUGGCAGGAGAAUUAGAUAGUGGCCUCCCUAUAUUACGCCACGAUGUCUUGUCUGGGUUGAUUCCAGCCCCAGACCUCGAAUAUGCGCUGGACAAUCUCGAGGACGAAGAAAACACGUUAUGUCUGAUGACGCUAGAUACGAUGUCAGUUGUGUCCGACAGCGAUGAUGAAGAUGCCAUUCGAGUGGACUUUAACCGCUAUAUUGACCCGGCCCCCAUUGCUCUUGAUAUCCACUCACCUGUGGACCUUGUUUACCAGUGCUUCGCUAAGCUAGGCCUACGGUACCUAUGCGUCCUUCAAAAUGGACAGUACGCGGGUCUAGUCCAUAAGAAGGCUUUCGUGAAGUUCAUGAAGGAGAACGAGUGAUUCUCUUUAAGCAGCUCGAGCCGCUUGCUGUAAAAGAGAAUGCAACCGUAUACAUAUUGUCAACGUCUUUAUAGCAUUGACCGGCGUUAUGUUUCGGUACCUGCACGCAUUCCUGGUCUUGGGAAGCAUCUUUUGUUUUGUUUUUGCAUAUAUUUGAGCUUGAGCAUCAUGCACAUACUGAUCUUACUAUAAACUGUACUUUUCUUAGCGCUGUUUCUACUACCAAGUG